UUCUGGUCUUCAAGGUCGUUGUGGUCCACAAGUUUGUUUUUCAGUCACUGCCGUCUUAACAAUACCGUACUCAUCAACGAUUGAAUGUCACUUUUCAAAAUGGAGAAUAUCGGAAUUCUCUUUGCUGUGUACGUCAUUACUGUGGUUAUUAUCUGUCCUUACACAAAAGUUGAGGAAAGCUUCGGCAUGCAAGCCUUACACGACUUGCUCUACUUGCGAACUAACAUAACUAUGGUGUGUUUACAAGAUAUUAUUCUACGUUGAAACUACAGUACGAUCAUAACUAUUUUCCAGGUGUUGUACCGAGGUCGUUCCUGGGUUGCUUGUCUGUUGCCUCGAUUGUAUCGCCGCUACUCUACGUAAACACGUUGUUAGGAAUGCAGAAGUUCAUUUCCCAGUACAUUGUUAGAAUAUGCUUAGGAUUAAUAAUGGCCCUGAGUUUGAUCAAUUUCUCACAUUGCGUGAAGAAAGUCUUCGGUAAACAUGUAUGCAUACGUCUUCUCAUAAUCUGCUGCAGUCAGUUCCACUUGGCGUUUUAUGCCUCACGAACGCUACCGAACACAUAUGCUUUCAUACUUGUCUUGUAUUCGUUGGGUCAUUUGAUCACUCGCAAUGAAACGAAAUUUGUUACAUCAGCUGGAAUUGCAAUUCUUGUAUUUCGUAGUGAAUUAAUUUUGCUAUUUGGUCCAUGUCUUUUAUAUGGUCUAUUUACUGGAUCUGUUAAACUUCGACUGAAACUGUUGAAAACAAUCAUUACAACUACUAUCAUCAGUAUCGGGUCCAGUGUUUUAAUUGAUUCUCUGUUAUGGGGUAGAUUAAUCUGGCCAGAAUUUGAAGUAUUUUAUUUCAAUACAAUUUUAAAUAAAAGUGGACAAUGGGGAAUAUAUCCAUUUCAUUGGUAUUUCACAUCUGCAUUACCGAAAUCACUUUUAUCCACUUAUAUAUUAUUAUUUACAUGGAUUAUUAUAAUCAUUCUCUCAAUACCUUUACAAAAGUAUUUUGGUUACCAGCAUAACAUAAUCUAUUUACAAUCGAAUGGAUUAUUAUUAGUUGGUUUUAUAUUUGUUGGUUUAUACUCUUUCUUACCUCAUAAAGAAUUACGUUUCAUUAUUUAUAUAUUACCUAUAUUCAAUUUAGUGGUAGCAGAUAUUUGGGCUUAUUUAGAGAAACCAAUGCUUAAAUUGAAAGGAACAUAUAUGGAUUUAAUUAAAAAUCAUCAUAAAUUAAAUAGAAUAACAAAAUUUCGUAUUUUAUUCAUUUUCUAUUGUUAUAUACAUCUUCUUGUGAAUAUACUAUGUUCCAUUAUAUUGAUAAUGAUUGCAAGAAAAAAUUAUCCUGGUGGUGAAGCAUUAACUAAACUUAAUCAUAUGGAUCAUUUAAUUCAUCGAACUGAUGUUCACAUUCAUAUUUGUAAUUUGGCUGCACAAACCGGUGUAACACGCUUUUUAGAAGAAAACAAUCAAUGGAUUUACAAUAAAACAGAAGGUUUAGAAACUAAUUUUAACGUAUUAAACUCUUCAAAUUUUACACAUAUUAUAUCAGAACUAUCAAUAGAAAUAAUCAAUCGGGAAUUGUCAUCUUUCAAACAAAUUCUUCAAAUUGAUUGUUUCCAUGGGAUACAGUUUUAUCCAAGCUGGUAUUUUUGGAAUAUGAUUCAUAUCAAUAUUCAUCCAUGUUUGUUUAUUUAUGAAAGGAAAACAUUUGUUUAA